UCGCACGGCGUGCUAUAGCCUGGCUGAGGAGAGGCCCCGACAUGGCGGUGCAGCCGAAGGAGACGCUGCAGCUGGAGAGCGUGGCCGAGGCCGGCUUUGUCCGCUUCUUCCAGGACAUGCCGGAGAAGCCGACCACCACGGUGCGCCUCUUCGACCGCGGCGACUUCUACACGGUGCACGGCGAGGACGCGCUGCUGGCUGCCCGGGAGGUGUUCAAGACCCAGGGGGUGGUCAAGUACCUGGGGGCUGCAGGAGCAAAAACCCUGGAGAGUGUGGUGCUCAGUAAAAUGAAUUUCGAGUCUUUUGUAAAAAGUCUUCUUCUCGUCCGUCAGUAUCGAGUUGAAGUGUAUAAGAACAGAGCUGGAAACAAGGCCAGCAAGGAGAAUGAUUGGUGUUUGGCUUUCAAGGCUUCUCCAGGCAACCUUUCUCAGUUUGAAGACAUUCUGUUUGGUAGCAAUGAUCUGUCAGCUUCCAUUGGCGUGGUGGGUGUUAAAAUGUCCACCGUUGAUGGCCAGCGGCAGGUUGGCGUCGGGUAUGUGGACUCCAUUCAGAGGAAGCUGGGGCUGUGCGAGUUCCCCGACAACGACCAGUUCUCCAAUCUUGAAGCUCUCUUGGUUCAGCUCGGACCCAAGGAAUGCGUUUUACCAGCAGGAGAGACGGCCGGAGACAUGGGGAAGCUGAGGCAGGUCAUUCAGCGAGGAGGAAUUAUGAUCACGGAUCGAAAAAGAACGGAAUUUUCCACAAAAGAUAUUUGUCAGGAUCUCAACCGGUUACUGAAAGCCAAAAAGGGAGAACAGAUGAAUAGUGCUGUCUUGCCAGAAAUGGAGAAUCAGGUUGCAGUUUCCUCCUUGUCUGCAGUCAUCAAGUUUUUAGAACUCCUAUCAGACGACUCAAACUUCGGACAGUUUGAACUGACAACGUUCGACUUUAACCAGUACAUGAAGUUGGACAUUGCUGCGGUCAGAGCCCUCAACCUCUUCCAGGGAUCUGUGGAGGAUACCUCCGGCUCCCAGUCUCUGGCCGCAUUGCUGAAUAAGUGCAAAACUCCUCAGGGGCAGAGAUUGGUUAACCAGUGGAUUAAGCAGCCGCUCUUGGAUAAGAACCGGAUAGAAGAGAGAUUGAAUUUAGUGGAAGCUUUUGUAGAAGACGCGGAGCUGAGGCAGAGUUUGCAAGAAGAUUUACUUCGCCGCUUCCCAGAUCUAAACCGACUUGCCAAGAAGUUCCAAAGACAAGCAGCAAACUUACAAAACUGUUACCAACUCUACCAGGGCAUAAACCAGCUCCCUAAUGUUAUACAGGCUCUGGAAAAAUACGAAGGAAAACACCAGUCGUUGUUGUUGGCCAUUUUUGUGACUCCUCUUAUUGACCUUCGUUCCGAUUUCUCCAAGUUUCAGGAGAUGAUAGAGACAACUUUAGAUAUGGAUCAGGUGGAAAACCACGAAUUUCUUGUAAAACCCUCUUUCGAUCCUAAUCUGACCGAAUUAAGAGAGGUAAUGGAUGACUUGGAAAAGAAGAUGCAGUCAACGUUAGUGAGUGCAGCCCGAGAUCUAGGCUUGGAGCCUGGCAAGCAGAUUAAACUGGAUUCCAGCGCUCAGUUUGGAUACUACUUCCGAGUAACCUGUAAGGAUGAAAAAGCCCUCCGUAACAACAAGAACUUCACUACAGUCGAUUUCCAGAAGAACGGUGUCAAAUUUACCAACAGUAAAUUGACUUCUUUCAACGAGGAGUAUACUAAAAAUAAAACCGAGUAUGAGGAAGCUCAGAAUGCCAUCGUUAAAGAAAUUGUCAACAUUUCUUCAGGCUACGUGGAACCGAUGCAGACACUCAAUGACGUGUUAGCCCAGCUCGAUGCGGUCGUCAGCUUUGCUCACGUGUCAAACGCAGCCCCUGUGCCGUAUGUUCGGCCGGUCAUCCUGGAGAAAGGACAAGGAAGAAUGAGCCUGAAAGCAUCUAGACACGCUUGUGUUGAAGUUCAAGAUGAAGUUGCGUUUAUUCCCAACGAUGUGCUCUUCGAAAAAGAUAAACAGAUGUUCCACAUCAUUACUGGCCCCAAUAUGGGUGGUAAAUCAACGUACAUUCGCCAGACCGGUGUGGUGGUUCUGAUGGCCCAGAUUGGGUGUUUUGUGCCGUGCGAGUCAGCAGAAGUGUCCAUUGUGGACUGCAUCUUGGCCCGAGUCGGGGCCGGCGACAGUCAGCUGAAAGGAGUCUCCACGUUCAUGGCUGAAAUGUUAGAAACGGCUUCUAUUCUCAGGUCUGCCACCAAGGACUCGUUGAUAAUCAUAGAUGAGUUGGGGAGAGGGACUUCGACUUACGAUGGCUUUGGGCUGGCGUGGGCGAUCUCAGAGUACAUUGCCACAAAGAUUGGUGCCUUUUGCAUGUUUGCCACCCAUUUUCAUGAGCUCACCGCCUUGGCCAGUCAGAUAGCAACUGUGAAUAACCUCCACGUCACAGCACUGACCACCGAAGAGACUUUAACGAUGCUGUACCAGGUGAAGAAAGGUGUCUGCGACCAAAGCUUUGGCAUUCAUGUUGCGGAGCUUGCCAGUUUCCCGAGGCAUGUCAUCGAGUGUGCUCGGCAAAAAGCCCUGGAACUAGAGGAGUUCCAGAACAUUGGGCAAUCUCAGGAAUGGGGUGAAGCAGAAGCACCCGCAAAAAGAUGCUAUCUGGAGAGAGAGCAAGGUGAAAAAAUCAUUCAGGAGUUUCUGUUCAAGGUGAAGCAGGUGCCCUUGACUGAAAUGUCGACAGAAGACAUCACGACGAAGCUGAGGCAGCUGAAGGCCGAGGUGAUAGCAAAGAAUAAUAGUUUUGUAAAUGAAAUCAUUUCACGAAUAAAGGGGACUGCAUAAGGAAGCCCAACUAAUGGAACGAAGAUAACACUGAUAAGCUAUUGUCUGUAAUACUUCUGUAUCGUUUUCUACGUAACCCUCGAUCGUGCUGCCAGUUGACGACUGAGAACAGUUUAAUGUGUGGCACAGUGCUGUGCUCUAAGUCCAUUUUACAGAUCUUUAUCUUGGGGGAGGUGAGGGACCAACAGAAAACACAGCUGACUGAGGGGAAUAUGUAAAUGGACACGAUAAUAAACACUAUGUUGAAUUUUAUAAAUAAAACCAUGUGGCUCGUGGA